ACCGUGAGUCCGUCCGGGGCGGGACUGGAGGUGGUUUCGUUCCGGGUUUCUCGCCUGGUUUCUCGCUUGGGUUUCUCGCAGGUUUCUCCAAGGCCAUAUGGUUUCUCGGUAACCGCCGUCGUCGUCAAGACGGCCUCAAGAUGGGGUUGGAAGCAAAGCCUGAUUCAUACAGGUUCAGAUUGAUGCCCCAAAAGGAAUGGAACUUCAUGAAAAACAAGGACGCAUCCGAGUGCCUGAUGAAGUGGUCGUUGCGUGACAGAAUAUCGGUGCAGGCCUUCUGUUACGACAAACAUCUAGACAUUCACAACCGGGUCGAAUUUGUGCAGGAAUUUUUAACCGAGCCUACGAUCCUGGCGAGUUUGAAAGUUCUCACUGAAGCUAACAAAUGGUCACCGUUGAUGGUGCCAGCGGCCUCCGUCUCCGUGGAGCUGGUACCGUGCACAGAGACCACAAUGCGCCUGUUCGACAAGCUGACCGACAGCGGUAUCGUCAGAGACAACGGAAACAUCAGAAAGUGCAUGGAGGAGUGGUUCGGCGACUUGGUUUUGGCUGACGAGCUCAGAAAGCUUCUGGGUGGUGGUGAAUCCGACUACGAGGACGUAUUUACGGAGGCGGAGCAGUCCGAGUUCUUGUUCCGCCUGUUCCGCCACCUGGCACUGGGCGGCCGCUGGUGCCAGUACGAGGACAACGUGCAGCCUUACUUGGAUGUCACCAAACUCAUCUAUAAGGAGCUGGUCAGCGUUUGUAAGAGUAGCGAUUCUGUCGGCCUGCGCGUAACCAGCCAGGUGUUGAAAGUGACGGCGAAGUCGGAGGAUGGCAGCGAUCUGAUCCCGCGAGAGGCGGACCAUCCACAGAACUUCCUCUACCUGCUGGUCAACCCGCUUAAGAGGAGCGUCCUCACGCUCUACCACCAGUUCGGCGCCCUGCUGCAGAAUUAGUCCAGGAGCGCCAGCGACGGUCGGACACCAUUUGGUGUGUAUGUCAGGAGCACACAUCAAAUGUUUAUUGUGUUUGUGUGUUUGUGCGUCUGUUUUUCCAGUGUUUCAUCGUCAUUCAUGCUAAUUAGAGUCCAUUGCAGCCACUGUGAGAGCGAAAAAAUGUUUUGAAUUUAAUCGAGUUCCGCCAUAUAAAGUAGGUUCUCAACAUAGGUACUGUCAGAUAAAGCGAAGCGCUGAUAUUUGCCUCAGUUAGGCAGUCACGAAUUUCGAGUAUUUGUCCGUCCACAUUUCAAUGACGAUAUAUUUCCAUCUGAACUAUAGUAAGGGUAACAUGAACACCAGGUUACAAAGAGCAGUACGGAACCGGCUAGAUGUUGCAUCGAUUUUUAUUCCAUCUCGUCAUGGUUUGAAUACAUACACACGUAUUGGGCAUACUAAUAGUUCAUUCAAAAACAUAAAAUAAGCACUAAUGUAAGCUGCACCGGGAAUGAUACAAACAUAUUUCAUUCAACACAUAUAGCUCCUUUAAUGAAGGUAUCGACUUUCAACAGGUGUUAUAUUGUUUUGGUAUACAAUAUACAUGCAUCGACAAUGAA